AUGACGUCACCCAUCGAAGUUAUCCAAUACCAAGAAACCACCGCCACCACCAAAGAUGGUCUUUAUACUCAUGCUGAGGAAAUUGACAGAGGAAACCAAUCGAUUUCAUCAAGUUCUUCAGAACACUUGCAAAAUAAUGAUUACGCCUCAUCAUCUUCAUCUAUAGAAGAAAAAAAGAAUGACAUAGUAACGACUUAUGAAGAAAAAGAUAUGUCUCAACAAGAACAUAAAAAAACCAAUAGUCUUCGUCGCAUAUUAAAAAAGGAAGUAAAGUAUGCAGAGAUGGAAAAAACAGCACAGGAAGAAAAAAAGUCUGAAGGCCUGGUUCGUGUAAUAUCAGGAAUAUUUAAUUAUAAGCCGAAAUCUGAAAAAGAGAAACGUAAGGAUGGAGCGGAUAAUAAUAUACAUCGUACUUCAUCGAGAAAAUCUAAUGAUAAUAGCGAAGUAAAGUCAAGAAAUAGGCGUAGUUUUAUUUUUUAUUCAGAUAACGAAGAUGAAAGAAAUCGACUUAGUUUAAACUUAGAUAGAUUCUUAAGACCUGAUGAUAAACACAAAAGUUUCAAUAACAAUGAUAUGACUGAUAUGUUCCUUCCGGAAAUUAAUGGUUCACCGAUUAAAACUUACAAAGGGCGUCUAGAUUCCUAUGGUUCAAAACAAACAUCGACUGUAAUUGUAUUAGAUUCUCCUCAUCAAACUGAAUCCCCGAUCUCGAAUAUGGCUUCGAGUGCUCCUGUUACACCUGGAGUUACUAAUUCCCUCGAAUCAGGUCAUGAAGAUUUACCAGAAAUUAAAGUUGAAUCUAUUGAAGAACAAGCAGACGAGUUUAAAGAUCAAAUUAGUUACUCCUCUGCUAAUUCUAUUAAUGAAGAUCAGUCAAUCAACGAGCAACAACAAAAAUCGAGACCUGUUUCACAAGCUUCGUCUAGUAUCAAUUCAGAAAAAUAUGAGGUUAAUGACGAUUUCAAAUAUUAUAACAAUCAGGCAGAAGUUGAAGUUAAUAAAGCUUCCAAAUCUGAUAAUAACGUUAAUGAUCAGAUUUUCGAUAAUACUAUUAAAGUUCCAAUUGAUACUAAAAUCACUGACUCUUUCGAAGAUUCGAAUUUGGAGCGUUCUAUUAUUCUUUCGCACCAAGAAGAAUCUUCCACAGUGACAGUCACUCCUAUAACCCCACCUAAAUUUCCGGUGGCGCCCGGAUUCGUUGGGGAGGAAAUCCAGCAUCAUUAUUUAAACCGUGAUAAUAUCGUCCAAAAUGGCCAUAUUUAUCAUGUUGAAGAAAGGCCCCAACUUCUAUCUCCAGUUUCACAAAUCACCGAGAAACAAAUUGAUAUUACGCAAGAGACCCCUCAAAUUCGUCAAAAGCUCGAAGAGCUCCAGGAUACAAAUGAAUCUUUAAAUAGCGUCAGAAAACAGUUAGAAUCUAUAGUUAAAGAACAAUCUCAGCAAAUUAAAAAUCAAUUAGAAUCCAAAGUCGAUGAACAGUCACAACAGAUUUCAAAGUUAUCUUCAUUAGAGUCUAUAAUGACUCGCCAACUCGAACUGGCUGAACGAAUGGAAGAGACCAUGAGGCGAUUGGAAACUAAAGUUAAUCAACAAAAAGAAGAAUUGGAUGGUUUAUUGGCCGGUCAUAUGGAAGUUACCGUUCGACGAUUGGAGGAUAAGCUUAAUGAACAGAAUAGAGAGGUGGAAGGAUUGAAACUGGUCUUAGAACAGUUGCAAAUGACACAUCCUCAACAACUAUUAUUAGCAGCUGGACCGGAAACACAUUGUUCAACGACAUCGACAUUACAACUCGAAGGAGGGGCUCUAGUUCAAACCCAAGCAUCAUCAACAGAGAUGGCGAUAGCAACACAACAGAAUCAUCGUCCUAGAGACACCCUUGUACAUACAUUGGUGGUUAAUCCAUUGGUUAAUACUAUUGUAUUUUCGGCCA